AUGCACGACUGGACCGAGUGCCCCUUCGCCCACUCGGGGGAGAACGCCCGCCGCCGCGACCCGCGCCGCGUCCCAUACUCCUGCGCGCACGGCGUCUUCGAGUCAUGGCUCCACCCGGCGCAGUACCGCACCAGGCUCUGCAAGGACGAGGUCGGCUGCCCCCGCCGCAUCUGCUUCUUCGCGCACGGCACCCGCCAGCUCCGUGCCGUCAACCCCUCCGCCGCCUCCAUGGCCUCGCCAUCCCCGAGCUCCUCGCCUUCGCCGCCGCGCUCCUCCUCCUCCUCCUCCAGGCCGGUGCUCACGGCGUCGCUCAGCUCGCGGGAGCUCGACUUGGACGCGGACAACCAGAAGCAGUAAGCGCGCAGGAUGA